AUGGCUUACAUCGCAUUGUUGUGGAUAACUCUGAGUAUGCUGAUAAGCAAUGUGGCUGGAAAUGGGCGAAUGUUGGUUCCCCCUCAGCGCUCAAGUCUGUGGCGUGAACCGGCUUACUAUGGAAGAAUUGAUGUGUUCCGGAACUACAAUGACCAUACUCUCAACUGUGGGGGUUACUGGCGUUUGUUUGAAAACGAGGGCCGAUGUGGCGUUUGCGGGGAUUCCUGGGAUAGCGAACUUCCACGCCCAAACGAGGCAGGCGGAUUAUACGCACGAGGUAUCAUCUCACGCAAAUAUUCCACCGACCAGCGCUUCAUCUACUCUGUUAUCCAAGUGACGUCAUCUAUCGGAGGAUACUUUGAGUUCUAUAUUUGUCCAAAUGAUGACGUUACCAAGAGGCUAGCAACUAUGGGGUUUGCAAAAACGGUCGUUGGGCGAAGGGAUGUGGUAUCCAGCCGGAAAUAUACAACUGCGCAGAUAUUGCGAUUCUUCCGGAAGUCACCCAGAAAAAAACAACGAUGUCCGUUAGCCGCACACGCCCACAGACCACGACUGACCAACCUUCUACCACAAAACAACCAAUACCAGUGA